CGGCCGAGGGCUCGCGGAAGCGCCGACUCCAGCCGCGCCCGCCCCAGGAGAUGAACUGGGUUGGGGGGUCCCGGCCUGCUUUUCUUGGGGGGCUGAAAAAAACCGUUGGUGUUCCUGGGGGCAGGGGGUCAUUGGUGUGCAGGCGCCUCAGCUGGCUGUGGAGCCGGGUUCUCGUCAAACAGGAGCGGAGGAGGCAGAAGGAAUAUUUUGAAAAGAAAAGAUUAAAGUCAAGAAUGCAAUUACUGGGAGUUCUGCCCCCUGUGAGCAACUCCAGCGUCAGCUUAGACCUCCUCAACCUGCGUCUGGUCAACCAGAUCUCGUGCCGCAGGAGCAGCCCAGCAGCGACCGUGAGGAGGCCCACCCACGUGGACAUGAGCAGGGGCCUGGAUGUGCCCCCAAGGAAGCGCCACGUGGAGCUGCCCCUGUCGCCGCCACUCGAGCCUCCCUGCCUCUGCCUGGACGGCACCAGACGCAGGCCCAGGCCAGGCAGCGAGCGAGACCGUGGCGCCCCCCCGGCGAGGACUGAGUGUGACGUGGACCGCCGCACAGGCCGCCCGCUGCUCGUUGUUGCUGGCCGCCCCGAUGCCCUGGAUUCCAGAGCUAGUGCAGGUCCAGGCGCACUCGGGCCACCCCCUGAAGCAGUGCAGUUUGGAACCGUCUUUGAAAGAGCAAACAGCCCAGGCCGCAGGUGCUUCCUCGCAGGCCGGCCGGCUGUGGUUCUGGGUGAGGACGGUGGGGCUGCAGGCCAACCCGGAUGUGCAGCCCUCGCCGCUGCUCUGGGGCGACCACGAACGCUUGUCUGGGGCAAAACCGGAGAAGAGGCCUCGAGUGUCCUUGCAGAUGGGAACUGGUGCCCCCCAAGCCUCCUGCCUGAGGAUGGUGGCUCUUUCCCCAGUGCGGACACCGUUGCCCUCCUGCGCAUGGGCCCGCAGAGCGUGAGGGACGCCCUUGAUGGGUGUGGCUGGGGCAGCUCCGGAGGCCUUUGCCCUGGGGGUGCCCAGUCCCAGCUGCCCAGUGGGGAUGGUGGGAGCAACGUCCCCAGCCCAGAGCUGCCGCCCGGGAAGGCGGGUCGUCCAGGACCACACUGGCCCAGCAGGGACAGUCAGGAAGAGUGCGGCCGUCGGCAGGGGACACCCCUCCGUGUGUGCACCCAGAAGGACCCCUGCCCUUCCAGCCCUGAGAGAAGAGGGCCAUCUGGACGUGGUCACCAGGCAUGGAUGCCGCUGAGGGAGGCCCAGGGAUGCCCAAUGAGCCUGGGGGGCACCGUUCGCCCGGAAGCAGCAUGGCCCAGGCUGUCCCCAGACCCCGGAGGGGAGGAGACGGCGGCGGGACGAGGACGGCGCCCUUUGGAAGACGGGUCGGCCCGCAGGGACCUCUAUCAUGACUCUCCGCGGAGCAGCCCGACUGCUGGCUGCUCCCCUCAGCCCGCAGGGGGCGCGAGUCUCAGCGUGAGCCCGGAGACGCCGCCCGAGGAGGAGGGCCCCGUGCCGCCGCAGGGUGAAGGCUCAGGCAGGAGACCCCGUGAGGCUGAGGAAACGGGGCGCCGUCAGCAUCCGGAAGUGGGGGCAGCGCCCCCGCGCAGUGGGCCUGUCGAUGGCAGCCCCGAAAUUCAUCAGGGAAAUGUUGCUCUCCCCUCUGUGAAGGCCGGCCUGGCCACUGCCCCCGGGUCUGCGCACAGCCCGUGCUGGCCCCCCACCGGGGACUUCCCCCGCCGCCACGCCUGGGCGCAGACAGCCCUGGGGCCCUGGACGGCGGAGGCUGCAGUGCAGUGUGACCUGACCACGCCCUGCCCCUGCGGGGGCCGAGGCCAGAGGGAGCACCCCGGGGAGCAGCAGGCGCCCCCGGCCCCGCCCUGA